AAUCUAAAGUAAAAUGUGAUCACUUGCCAAAAGUCAAAUUGUCAACUUCAAAAGUAAACAAAAAAGUAUGAUACCGCUUGUUGACGUAAAGCGGUAAAUAUUAAGUUAACUGUUAACGAAUUUACUUUGUUAUUAUACGUCAGUGGCGUGUUCCUGGUUGAUUUAAUGUAUAAAGCAUGACUUUACAGCUGCAAUGUUUAGAAUGGUAUAAUCUGGAGUGUCAAGGCUGUGUACACUUAACUUGGCUGUCCACCCUGAUCUGGACAUCUUAAAGUUCAAAAGGUCAUUUACACUUCAUGUUUAGUAACAUAAAAUCUUCAGUGAAUGAAUGAAAACCAGAAACUAUCACUGAAUGUCAGGAGCCUCUUUUGGAGUGAAGUUAUGAAUGAUUUUAGGAACUUUCCUUUGAUUCAUGAAAAAAUAAAGAAAAUUUUGCAGAUUUAAGGGAAGUUGGCUGAGGACUAGAUGAAGAAGUGGAAAAAAACCUUGAAGAUUGUACAAAGGUCUUAAGAAACAAAACUGGAAGAACAUUAAAUCAUCAGAAGACAGUGACCAAAAGAUCUGAAGAAGAAGAAUCAUUGUAUGCAUUUGCAAUGUGAACAUCACAGAGAUUUUUUGGAACGUAACUUAAAAAUCACUUAGCUUCACCAAAUAUUUACAACCCCUACAUCACCAUCGUGAUAAAUUAAAAAUAGCUGGAAAGCAACUUCCUAUAAAAGUGUUUCUUGAGACUAGACCAGGACAAAAGAAACCUUAAUCAACUUUAGCUCCUGAUGUUCUGAAAUUCCACCGAACUCUUACAUACAUCCUGAGGUUAUUGCUCCAGGCCAAGGAAGUAUCAGAUAUGAAAAGGUUAAGCAACUUCCUUGGUGUGGUGGAAUGUUUUUGACAUUCAAGAACAAGAAAGAAGAGGGAUGAUUUAAAUCUGUUGGCCUGCAGCUUGGGUAUGAGUGGAGAGCUUCCAGUACAAAUUUACGACCAGCAUAGGUGCCAUGGGUUGCUGACGUUAGUUCCUGUCACUUAGAAAUCUGAGGGGCAACAUGGAACCUAGGUGUGAUAGUUGUGCCUUCUAUUUCACAAAAGAAGACAUAAAGAAUCUGAAAAUUAGAGUCAUUUUGCAGCAGUUGACAGGAACUCAGCUGGUUGAUGCCUCCCCUAGAGUAGUUGAAGGAACAGCUGGGGGAGACCUUACACUUAGCAAUUUUAUCCCUUUGUCUACUUUCUCUGCAUCGUCUUCAGAGAGAUCAAAUAAGCAACAGCAACUUAUAGUGUGGCAACAGAAAAUACUAAGUGCCAGUGAAGUUCACGAGUACAGCAGGUCAAUUUAUGCAAACAACUCAAAGUACAGAGAGUGGCAUGCUCAGGCUAUCAAAUUGAAAAAGAAAAAAGCUUGGAAGAAAAGGAUCUUCACAUACAUUCAUGAAGAUGAUUAUCAGUCAAGAAUACAUGAACCUGCAUCAACAUCUGAAGGGUUGGAGCCAGAAAUCUUGGUUCGAAGGAGAAAUAAUUCUACUAUUAGGAGGGACAGCAAGGAUAGCAUCAAUCAUUCAGAGCCAACGUGCAAAGAAAAGAAGAAAACUGAGGCAAAAAGAGAUGCAACUGCAGAGCAGCAAUAUUUCUACAUCAUGGCUGAUUUAGCCCCACCUGAAAGCCUGGGAGAUAGCAGAGCAUAUGAGGUAAUUCUAUGCGCAUUGCGUUUUAAUGUCAGGGGUCUUCUCACAGUAACCCCCGACUUCAGUAAACCAAACACCAAGCCUUAUAGGUUAGAAAGUUUUGGCUCUGACAAUGCUUUGUACGAAUACAGCAUUAGCCAUGCCUCUCAUUUACGUUCUGCUGAAGAGAAGAAGAAGGACCAACAGAUGACACAUCAAAUGGAACGUCAGCGAAUUGAGGAAAUACAACAGAAGGUUGGGUCUAACUGGGAUGAUGAUUAUGUGAAGGAGGGGGAACUUCGUCUCAUUGUUAAUGGAGAAAUUGCAAGAGCCCAUCACUUUGAUGAAGCUGAUAAACUGUACAUACACUAUAUGUUGCAUCUUCCACCUGGAUGGAAGGUCAACAAAGGUUCUGUGUGUGAAGGUUUUACACCUGCUUGCUCUAUGAAGUAUGUAGAUGAUGUCCCAACUGCUCACUAUUCUACACCUUUUGUGAUUGAUGUCACUCGUUCAAAAUCAGGUCGGGAUUGGCCAGUAUUAUUACUUGGAUCUUUUUCAAUUGACUGGUGGGACAGAGAUCGAGAUGAAGGCUAUGCAGCUUUUGUCCUACCAAUACCAGAGCAAGAGCAGAAUGAAGGUGAUCAUGAGAAAGGAAAUGAUGUUCAUUCUGUUUUAACCUGGAGACCAGCCCAGACAUCCCCAUUUUCUAAAAUGCGCAGAUACUUUCUCGGGGGAUGUCAGCUGUUGACUGAUUCAUCCUACCUUGUUGUUGGAGCAAAUGUCAAGAAUGGGCAAGCAAGUCGUCUUGGGUUUAGCACUAUAAGUAGUGGUGUUGUAGAAUUAAGGACAAACUCAAUACUGCAAACUGGUGAUGCUGACAUGAAUCCUUCGGCUAUCAAGGGAUUGCAUUCCUCCACAUGGCAACUCUCAACUCAUGCAGUACUUGAGGCAUUUCAGCGAUCUCGGCAAAAGCUAAGGGCUGCUAAGCAGGGUUUGAUAUAAUUAGCUUUUCUGAUUGCUUUGGAAAGUGCAAAACUGGUAAGUUUUUGAGCUUUCUAAAUACAGAAAUUCAUUACCGUCCAAGUUAGUUUGUUCCCAGCGGAUUCUCAAAUAUUACUACAAGUCAGUUUUUAACUUAAGAAGGUGGACUUCACAAGAUUUCAAAUGGUUAGAUGAUACUGUAAAGGGAAAGUCACCUUCCAUUUUUUUGCUGAAAAGGACUAGACUUUGCUAGCGCCCCAGUCGCGUGGUCGGUAUGGUGUUGGCAUGCCACAUCGGUGGCCGUGAGUUUGAUUCUCGGGCAUUCCAUUGAGGAGUGAGAGAUGUCUCUUUCUGGUCAUACAAGUUCACUCUCACUGUGGUUUGGAAGUCACGUAAAGCCAUUGGUCCCAUUGCUAAAUAACCACUGGUUCCAUGCAACGUAAAAACACCAUACAAACAAACAAAAAAUGCUUUGCUAAGUACAGUUAAAUUUAGCUUGUAGUAAAAAUGGAUAUGCCUUAUAACUUGUUGACUAGUCACUUAGACAUGUGGUGCUGUAAACUAAGCCAAAAGUAACUUUUGAAAUUUUCAUUUUAAGAUGCACAGUAUGAACAAACCAUUGUUAUGCACAAACAUUUUUUGCUCGUCUUCUUGGCCUCUACUAUUCCAGAAUUCCAGCCAAUUAUGUUGGUGGUAGUUAACAAAUAAGCAAAGCCACCAAACUUGUGGGUGUACUUUAUCUCUUAUUCUCAGUAUCGUGGUGACUUUGCUUGCAUUUACUGAGGUGGGAGGGAUUCUGUGUAAAGCAGUUGAUCAUUUCAGUUAUAGUAUAAGAUGUUUUCAUUUUUUUUGUUCAUAUGAAAGUAUGGUACAUUACUCAGGACAUGGCAUAGAACUUUUUAGUUGGAAGACAGUUGAAGAUGUUUAGAUUGUUUGUUCAUCGAUAUAUGUGCUGUACAUUGAUGAAUGGCUGUAUGAUGUUGAGGAUGUUAAAUUAGACCUCAUCCAUAUGUAUGUCAUUUUGAAUUACGGUACUACUACACAUUAAAUGUGUUCUCAUCUCA